UUUCUACAGAGCCGCAUUCCAGCUGAUAAUACACCAACGAUAAAUAAAAUGCACUUUCAUCCACGCGAAUGUCGGUCAUCAGCACUUCUACCAUAACUGACGCGCCGUGUUGUUAAAUAUGAAAAUACGAUUCAUACUUUUCCCUCUUUUCUCCGCAUGGAUAGUCGGGGUAUCAGGCUUCGCGUCAAUCGGGGAAGAAUGCGAAGAAAGAGAAACCGAACUUAACAAAACUCAGCCAAUUGGCAUUCAUGUCGGCUUUGAUACCAUUUCUGCUGCCUAUGCUCACUCUCACGACAAUGUAAGCCUGUUAGCAGGAUUUUACGUCACACACUCAUCAGAGGAUCUCUAUGAAUAUGCGGCAUAUAUUGCCCAAGUGCGAGCUGAAUAUUAUAUGACCAUUUUUGAUUUCUCCGAUGACAAUCCCUGGACGGUUCAAAAGUUUGGCUCUAAAGUGAUGAAAUGGAUAAAUUCAACGCUGAAAGGGAAAGUUAGAGGGAUCUACAGUUCUUUAUAUUCACGGGAACCAACGGAAGAGACGAAAAAGGAGCAAGAGGUUGAUAAGCAGAAGCAGCGGGGUAUUAAAGCAUUCGCUCCUGUUUUCGACAAAGUCAAACAGGUCGCAUGGGAAGAUAGUACAGUCAAUAUCACCGGGGCGAUGAUUAUAUACCCGGACUUUUUCAACGAAACCAUGCGCUCUAUCAUUCUAGAAGCAGCGGAGAAGGCGGGAAUCGAUACCAUGAGUUCGACCAUGACACCAAGAGAGCUAAUAGCUGGAGCCAACGGCUUAUACUUCGAUCUUUGGGUUGGGAAUAUCACCGAUAUAAGACAUACACAGAGGGAAGGAGUCAUAAUAAUUGAUCACGGGCAGUUCCAUGUUGAUGUCCAGACAACGGGUUACCAGAUGCACAGCAUGCUCUUUCCACUGACGACCACUGGAGCGUCCGCCAUAACCAAGAAUCUUGUUAACAGAACCAUAUAUACCGAUGCAAAUAUACACCAAGAGAUUUUACAAGGCGCAUCCUAUGGAGACUUUUACAAUGCCGUAUGGAAGGCGAGGUGGAAAAUUAAAAAUUGCACUGCUACGGAUGCGGGAGAGGAUGAUGUCUGUUUCGACACAUGGCCACUUGACUUGAAUGGUUGGUGGGUUGGAGAAAACAGGUCUGCUGAAAUCAGAAAGGAAGACGUUCAAUACGUGGACGACGAAUAUGUCAGGCAGCUAGCACACUGGCUGCAAUUGUCAAUUACAAGGUCAAAAAGAAUGUGAAAGAUGCGCAUCGGGACAUCUGAGCGAUGCCAAAAUAAACGCUGAGUACAACUACACAACAGCAAGAGAGUCGGUCAGCACCGUAGUUAUUAUAGCAAGCCAUGGAGAUGCUAGCUUGAUUAAAAGGGCGGUAACGUUAGCCAUUUGGAGGCAUGUAGAAAUAAUAGGCGGCUAUCCAGAUGAUUACAGACUUCUAGCUGACGGAGGGGCUCGCCUAAUGAUGUUGACGAGGGACGAAAUUCUAGAGUCAUUUCGUUAUCGGUGUUUAGAGCGAUCAUAUCACGACGAACUAUAAUUACAAUUACACUCUAUAUGAGCAUAUAAAUCCUAUAUCUAGUGAUAGUUGAAAGGAUUUGACAGC